AUGAACAGUCCAAGUUUCAACAAUGCAGGAGUGGUAAAAAAAAGACGCGCGAAAGUAAGCACGGCCUGUGACAAUUGUAGAAAGCGGAAGAUCAAAUGUACAGGAGAUCAGCCGUGUCUAAAUUGUCAGACAUACAACUGCGAAUGCAACUUUACUCGUGGAGUUCCCGUUACGCCGGCGUCAACAGGAGCUCCAAAGCGUCCAAAGCCCUCAGCGAGAACGGCUACCUCUUUUUCAGAAAGCAGUAGCGAUUUUGCAUCUCUAUCAUCCAAAUCUUCCGUCUCAUCGCACGCGAAUUCCAUAUCUUUCUCCAAAGGCGAUCCCCAGAACGGACUUUAUGGCGAUGACACACACGUGACUCGGCAAAUGUAUCUUCUCAGCAGCACCCUGCGAUCGUUAAGAGAAGCCCAACCAAGUCCUCUUAUAAUGGAAGCCAUUCGAAGCGUUUCAGAACAGCUGCGCGAGAUAGAAACUAGCUGGAAACCUACGUUGGAGCCAGAGGCAAUCCGCGAUGUACCGGCUACUGCGACCUCUUUAGAAACGCAACUGAUGAUCAAUAAGUACUCUGACAAAGUGUCCUUGACAAAGUACUCAACGAUCCAGCCAUCGCCCUUCCUGUCACGUUCUAGUGUCAUCAACCAGUAUCCUGUAGUGGAUGACCUAUACGGAUUGUAUAGCCCAGGGCUUAUAAUGUCCAUUCGGGGCAUCGGAUUUUUGUUCAAGCAUUUUUUUGACCCCGGCGUCAAAAUGGCAAGAGAAUAUAAAACCACACUUUUUCUCAUGCUCAAGUUUUUUGACACAUGCGCUGAUUACCUUGAUUUGAGUUUUCAAUCGUGGAGCUCGCCCAUCGAUACACAUGCAGCUCUAGCGCACGUCACUUACGACUCUCGAGAAUUUGCUAUUCGAAAGUUCGUGGCGACUAUACCGAGUUAUAUCGUUGAAAAGACAAAGGCGCUGUAUCCUCAAUUCCCAUGCCCUACAGAUGUUAAAGACAACCUUGGCAUGUUGCAUUGGAUUACGCGGGUGAUGUUUGUAUGUUGCCAGGGGUCUCUUUGUGAUGAUCAUGAAGUUGAAGAGUGCCUCGUUCUCGAUGAAGAAGGUGAAGAAUUUCUAUCUGCUCAAGAAUCAUUAUGUGUUCUCGGCUUCGAGUAUUUUAAUGCCACGGCUUACAUGCCAUCCGGUAAUCUAGACUACCUCGAUACCCUUCUCCUGUUCAUCAAGUAUCAGUAUUGGAUGGGAGAGUACCAUGUCAUACCACAGCUUUCUUUGAGGCUUGCAAGCUACGCUCAGAACAUGGGGCUUCACCGCUGGGAAUAUUACGUCGGCAUGGAAGAGGUGACAGCAGAGCGCCGCCGAAGGCUAUGGUGGGAAUGUUACAGUAAGGACGUAAUCUGUUCGGUACUGAAUGGGAAACAGGGUUUGAUAACACAUGCAAACGUUAGUUGUUUAUUGCCUGAAUAUUGCAGAAAUUUGGGAAUCUUGGAGUUCGAGGAGCUGCUUCAGAAAAUUGCUUUCGUAGAAACACUUCCAAGCGGAAGUGCAAAAGACAAAUUGGGUUUUUGUUCUACGGCAUUGGCAAUUGUUGUUGCAGACUUCUUCCAGAAUGUGUUAUACAGCAAGAAAAACACGUGUUUCAGAAACAAUGCCAAGCCAAGUCGACUUAGGGAGAAGAUCUUGUCGGACUUAAUUGAGGACGUGGAUCGGUUCACACAACGGGUUGGGAGAAUUGAGAAACUAGCGAAAAUGAUAUGCGACUUAGCGGAUCAGCACGUGCAAGGCGAAUCCUCACAAGAAGAUCUUUUUCUUGAGAAGGUAGUGGCACCCCGGAUCGUGGUGUUUCUAGAAUUUUCAAAAUCGAUCUGCCUAGGAUCUGCGGAGCAUCUUUUCGCGAGGUUUAAAGAAAACGGGUUUCCUCGUACAAUCCAAGAGCCGCUGAAAAGCUAUAGGCUUACAAUUCACACCUCAUGGCGUUCUGUCAUCGCUUCGAUUGAUAAUGAAAAAGUCGAGAGUGUAUGGCUGGCAUUGUCGUGUGGUUGUAUGCUCUCUCUCGCCGUGCUGACAGAUCUGUUUGCCCAGGAUACUCCCGAUACAAUGCAGGAUGUAAGACUCAUUCUUCGCUCAGCUAAAAGUCUGGCGAGACUUGCGUUUCUGGACCAAGUCACAGGGGAACUAGCCGACACCUGUAGAAUGCUGAGAACAUUCACAAAGGCGAAGACGUUAUUCCAAAUUUUGACUCGAACUGGACUACAGCUUUUCAUGCGGGCUUCUCAUAUAAGCAUCACUGAGUUCUUGGAUCUUUUGGCUGCCGAAGACGCCGAACUUGUUUCUACAGCGAGUCAACUUCUGAUGCUGCCACAAGAAACUUUCAAGGCCUGUUCGUUCACUAACAAAAAAACUACAUGGCGUUUGAACGUGGAACGCUCUUUGGAGCAGGCUCAAGCUUUAGUGGGUCAAGAGCAGUUACCUGAUAGCGAUUCCCCUCAUCCGCUAAUGGACUCAUGGUCGCAUCUAGGUCUGCCGAAUGCCACCAAUCCAGCGGAAGCAGCGAAAGCGAAAGAAGCUGUACCUCCGAUGUCACCUCUCAUAAAUUUUAAUCUAGGUUCGCUUGAUGACUUUUUGAAUUACGGUGAAGACGACCUUUAUAACAAAUUGUGGAGCGACAUCAACAUUGGCAUACCCGAUCUUACCUCAAAUCAAGACCUGUGA